AGCCAAGGUUUCAGGUGAACCCACUGUGAAACCUGGCACCGCCCUAUCAUGUGAUCCCAUGAGGUGAGUGGGCGUUAAGGCGUCUGGGAAGGAUCUCAAACUGGAUUACAGAUGGCAGACUUGUGUAGCAGCAUGAGACGCUGCAGAGGUGACCCGCGUGUGUGUGAUGAGCCAUCACAGCCCCUCCACAGCACACACGCACCUGCAUCUUGCACAGGAGUGCCAUGGUAACACUUCCUGUCAGGAUUUAGACCUCAGAACGCCUGAUGAUUAAGCAGGCGACUCCCACCUGACAGCGCCCAGGAGGCCGACGGGGAGCCUGUGCAUGUCUUCGGCCACACAUCAGUGCGCGGAUCUCCUGACGCCCGUGCACCGCAGCGUCUGCCGCGCGCAUCUGUCCGUGCACUCCGACAGCGCGGGCCACGAUGGCGGACUGCGUCGGCUUCCAAGCGCAGAUCGCCUCCAUCAUAGAGAUGCUGGCCAACUCGGCGGUAGCCGAAAUUUGCAAACUGGUGGACGACGGUUACGCGGCGCUGCGCUCUCAGAUGGAGCAGGAGCGGGAGAAGAGCGAGAAGGAGAACCGAGCCCUGCGGCAGAGGCUGCGAGACAUGGACGUGAAGAUGCGGAGCUGUGAGAGGAGGAUGAGGAGACGGAGUCAGCGCGAGGAGCAUCACACGGCUCAUUUUAGGCCGCCCAAAGGACCUGAUGACCAUCAGCCCCUGGCACCCCCUCCUCUGGCUCUUUCUGAAGGCAAACCCUUUCAUCCAGUUUCAAAGCAGGAGGAAGCCAAGAUGUUGACACUGGUGAAGCAGGAAAAAGAGGAGAGAGAUGACUGUAACUUGGACGUGAAGGUGGAGGUUAACAUAAGGGCGGAGUGUGGCCUCUCUGCAGCUUUGGAGCCCAGCGAGGAAAGCCCCCCUGCUGACACUGUCCUCGACACCAGCGUCAGCAGCCUCACAUCCUCCACAUCACAGCUGUCCUCCUCUCCUGCUGAUGCCACGAUGGACCUGACCUGCAGGCCUCGAGCAAAACGUAAGGCUGCUAAGCCCGUAGGCAACACUGAGGGGGUCCAUGCCUCCGAAGCGGCUCGCAGGGACCCUUCGGGGAGCCUACCUGAUAUGGCUCUGAAGCCAGAGGUCCAGACAGAUGAGCUCACAGAAGAUGACCUUCAUCCCUCUCAGCUGUCGGCCACUAUAGCCUCUGAUGAGUCGAGCUGCGACCGCCUCAACAGCCUGGGCCUGGAUCUGGCCUGGAUGCAGGAGCGUGUCAGCCAUCUGGGAGCAGCCUAUGCAGUAGCACAGCUGGGUUUGGGGAACACGGACAGCGGGCACCCUUCUGCCUCCUUCCCCUCACAGGGAGGGGGAGAAAGUCUCGACGGCCCCCCGACUAUGCUCUUUACAGGCAGCGCUCACGAGAUGGCUGCUUUUGCUGCCUCCUUCGACAUGGCUGCUGCUGCCGCCGCCGUAGUAGCUGCACCCCCUCCACCUCCGCCUCCUCCCCCUCCUCCGACAGCUCCCACUGGCACUGCCAGCAGCCAGAGGCGGCCUUACAGGAGCAGCACCGCCGCCGCAAAAGAGCCGGUGGCGUGCGCUGUGUGCGGACGUGUGUUCCCCAGCACGGCCGGCCUGGAGUUGCACCAGCGGGUGCACACCGGGGAAAGACCUUACACUUGCCCUCACUGUGGGAAGGGUUUUGCCCAGCCCAACAACCUGCGGGUUCACCUCCUCAUCCACACCGGUGAGAGGCGUUAUCGAUGCACGCUGUGCGGGAAGAGUUUCAUCUCAUCGAGCCAUCUGAAGAGGCACCGUACAGUUCACACACAGGAGAAACCCUACAGCUGCUCGCGCUGCGGCCAGUCCUUCAGCCAGAUGUGUAGCGUCCGCAGACACCGGCAACAGUCUCAGUGUGGCCUCUGUCACUUCAGAGGUGGCUACACUGACUUGACCCGAACCACCGUUUACCUGCACAUCCUCUCUGUGGAGACAUUCUGCUUUAUGUACGAGACGACAGCAUUUCUUAGUCCUACUCGAGCAGUGAAAGAGCAAAGACCGAGCAGCCAGCGGCUAACAGCCAUGUCCAACCGCCUGGCCUUCCAGACCCAGCUGGCCUCCAUCAUGGAGGUCCUAGCAAACGCAGCGGUGGCGGAAAUCUGUAAGCUGGUUGACGACGACUACGCUGUGGUGAGGUUGCAGAUGUCUCAGUGCCAGAGAGAGAACAAGGCCCUGAAGAGGAAACUACACCUGCUGGAGCUGAAGAUGGCCCGGGGAAAUGCCGAGAGAAGGCUCCGGGAGAGUGCCCUGAACAGCAGCCGGCCGAGGGUGCAGAUAAACGGCAGCGACAGGCCCCGAGAGCCCUCCACCCCCGCCGGUACGGUCAGCACGAAUAAUCCGAGCAGUGACGUGUUUGACCAGCAGAGGGAGGUGCUUCUGUGGCCCAGCGGAGACGCAACCGGUGAACUGAUCCUGUCUGAAAGCAUGCACAGUAAGUCUCCAGAUGUGGAGCUGGUGGAGCCGGAGGCAGUGCUGGUGAAAGAGGAGAAGGUGCAGGCAGCCACGUCUCGAGAUGAAGCGGAGCAGAGUACGUCACUUAUAGGAGAUGAUGGGCUGAUGGAGUGUGUCCCUCAUGGAGCUGAAGGUCAGAUGCCUGGCCCCGAGGACCAGGACGCCCAGUCCGUGUCUACUCGAUCCCAGUCGCAGAGCCAGGCGUGCAGGACGAAGCUUACCGGCAGCAGGGGAGUGGAGGUCAGUGGCUCCUCUCCUCUUAAGUGUGAACUCACUGCUUCUGUUGAAGGCAGAGACUCGCUGCAGGAAGUGGCGAUCCCACACCGGUACGUCGACGAUGGCAGCAGCGACUCAAAGUUUGACGUCUUGUGUGACAUCGAUAAAACCGGUCACUCGUUGGUCGGGGAGUUUUUUGACGAGCCCUCAAAUGUUGACGUGGAAGGAACGAGUCCGUCGUGUUCGUACUCGAUGGCGGCCGUCGAUUUGCCGUCAACUUCUUCCGGUGUUAAUGGCUGGAAUCGCUAUGACAACGUGUUUUCCUUGCCCCGGCCCUUCACUGACGGCAGCAAAGCGUUCCCGCGCACUGGCAGGGAAAGACUGUUUGCCUGCAGCUACUGCGGCAAAGCUUUUAACCGGCCCAAGAAAGUGGAGAUACACCAGCGUGUCCACACAGGGGAGAAGCCUUUCAGCUGCUCCACAUGCGGGAAGAUGUUCUCAGAGGCCGGGAACCUGAGAAAACACCAGAGAGUCCACACUGGGGAGAAACCGUACACCUGUGGGGUGUGUGGCAGGGGAUUUGCCUGGAUAAGAAACCUGAAAACACACCAACAAAAGAGCCACGCUGACGUUUACAACGCAGAGACCUGGGAGGGUAAAAAGGAUGAGGAGCCAGAUGUGGUGCUGGUGAAGGUGGAGGAGGUGGAGCCAAUGACGAGACCUCGGAACCGGCCGUGCCUCAGCAUACAGGAGGGGUUGGUGGAGUCCAGUACAGACGACUGCAGAGGAGUGCUGUCCUUUGAUGAAACCACACAGAUGUCCACCAAUCGGCUGUCCGACCUGCAGGACUCUGGGCGGGGCUUCUCAGAGGUCAGCUGUGGCCAUUCUUCGCUGUGGACUAAUAGGGGGGGCGGUUACAGUGAGAGCCUUCCAGGGCUGUCCUCACACUUCGCUCCACUCUCAUACUUGCCUGGCACACUCACUGGAGGAGAGCCUGGCAGCUCUGGGAGGGGAUCGGCUGCUGAGAACGCAACAGAGAGGGGAUCAGCCGCUGAGAAUUCUAGAAAGUUGCCCACUUAUCCCUUUGAGCAGAAGCUUCCUGUUAUUGAUCUGUCAGAUGAGUCCAGCCAAAGUCAGGUGUCAAGUCAGACGCAAGCAGGACACCUGUCAGUCCAGGGGUCUCAACAGUAUCUGCACCCAGGUCCAAGUCAGGGCCCAAAAAAUCCCACGAAGAGGGAUUGUGUCUGUAGUUUCUGUGGGAAAAGGUUUCCUGCUCCAGCAAAUUUGGAAUCUCAUAUGAGAACCCAUACUGGAGAAAAGCCAUAUGGCUGCACCAUCUGUGGUAAAAAAUUCUCCCAGUUGUGGAAUUUGAAGAUCCACAGGAACAUCCACACAGGGGAGCGACCGUACCAGUGCUCGCUCUGCCCCGAAAAGUUUUCUGACCCCAGCAACCUGAAAAAACACCUAAAGAGACACCAUCCACAAAACAUGGCCAUACAGUCAGGAACAUCUUAGAUGAAAGGGCUAACACACUGUUAAUGAGUACUGUAUUUUUCAGACCAUUAGGCGCACUGGAUUAUAUUAUAAUAAUUAUAUACUCAUUCUUCUUGCUUCUUCGA